AUGGCCAACCCAAAGCUCAUCACCCUGGCCUUCUCUCAGACAGAGUCCAUGAGGAAAGGAGGGGGAAAGAGGAGGAUGUUCUCCUUUUCACUCCAUUGUCGUCUCGGGAUCAUCAGAAGGAGGACCAAAGACGAUGGGCCAUACUCUAAGGGCAGCAAGGACUCUGGAGGGACCGACCAUGCCCUUACCUCCAGGAGACGCAGUAUUAAUAAAGAGGACUACUGGGGCAUGACCACGUUGGACCUGAUAAAAAGGGAGGGCAGCAGCCUGGGCCUCACCAUCUCCGGGGGGUCCGAUAAGGACGGCAAGCCCAGAGUGUCAAACCUGCGGCCAGGUGGGCUAGCUGCCAGGAGUGACCAGCUGAAUGUGGGAGACUACAUCAAGUCCGUGAACGGCAUCAACCUGUCCAAGCUCCGCCACGAUGAGAUCAUCAGCCUGCUGAAGAACAUAGGAGAGCGUGUGGUUCUGGAAGUGGAUUACGAACUACCUCCUUUUGGUACGAGCACUUCUAGUUUUGUUAUAGCUAAGACUAUAGAGGUGUGCCUAUACAAGGAGGGCAACAGCUUUGGAUUCGUCAUGAGAGGAGGGUUCCAUGAAGACUGGCACAGGUCUCGUCCUCUGGUAGUGACCUACGUACGGCCCGGGGGUCCAGCUGAUAGAGAGGGCACACUGAAGGCUGGUGACCGUGUGCUGAGCAUAGGCGGGAUGCCCUUAAACCGAGAGAAGCAUGCUGACGCUCUGACUAUGCUGAUGCAGUGUAGCCAGGAAGCCCUGUUCCUGAUUGAGUAUGAUGUCUCCCUCAUGGAGUCAGUGCAGCAGGCCUCUGGCCCCCUACUGGUGGAGAUAGUAAACUGUCCUGCAGCCAGACUGGGUGUCAGCCUAGCUACUGCUGUGUACAAGAACAAACAGGUCAUCGUCAUAGACAAGAUCAAACAAGCCAGUGUGGUGGAAAGGUGUGGAGCAUUGCAUAUAGGUGAUCUCAUCCUGUCUAUAGAUGGGACCAGCACUGAGCACUGUUCAGUGAUGGAGGCCACACAGCUAUUGGCCCAAACCUCUGACAUUGUCAAAUUGGAGAUCCUUCCAGCCAAUCAGAGCAGACUUCCCGUGAGACCCCAAGACACAGUGAAAGUACAGAAAAGCAACCUUCACCACUGGGAGCCCACUGCCAACUACAGCCACACCCAACACUGCAAGACAUGGAUCAGUCCCAGCCACCAGCUCAACCAGCAGGACCACUGCAAAUCUCUGGUGUGUGGUGGCUUCUCCCCUUCCUCUACAGCCACCUCAGGGUACAGCAGCAGUCAGGGCAGCAGCACCCUGCCCUGCCCCAUCCCCCCCGUCGCCCCCACAAGCCCCCACAGCACUACACACAAGAGAUGCCAGCGGAGUAAGGAGCACAAGAGCUCACUGUCCCUAUCAUCCAGCUCAGUGGGCCCUGGAGGUCAGGUUGUUCACGUGGAGACCAGCGAGGUCGUCCUGAGGGGGGAUCCACUCCUAGGGUUUGGGGUUCAGCUGCAGGGGGGUGUCUAUUCCACAGAGACCCUGUCUGCUCCCCCAGUCAUCCGCUUCAUCGAGCCCGACAGCCCUGCCGAAAGAUGUGGACUUCUGCAGGUGGGGGACAGACUCCUGUUAAUCAACAGAAUCCCUACAGAGGAUGGAACACUGGAGGAAGCCAAUCAACUACUGCGAAAUGCCGCUUUGGCCAAUAAGGUCACUCUGGAGGUCGAGUUUGAUGUAGCAGAAUCAGUGGUUCCAAGUAGUGGCACGUUCCAUGUGAAACUGCCCAAGAGGAGGGGAGUAGAACUUGGCAUCACAAUCAGUGCAAGCAAGAGACCCGAAAAAGCUCUCAUCAUCUCUGACAUCCGAAAAGGAAGCAUAGCCCACAGGACAGGCACGUUGGAGCCAGGGGACAGGCUGCUGGCCAUCGACAACGUGCGUCUGGAGAACUGCACCAUGGAGGACGCCAUGCACGUGCUGCAGCAGGCAGAGGACAUGGUCAAGCUCCGCAUCCAGAAGGACGAGGAUAACGCUGAUGAGCUGGAGAUGUCUGGUUCCAUUAUCUACACAGUGGAGCUGAAGCGUUACAACGGCCCGCUGGGUAUUACCAUCUCAGGCACAGAGGAGCCUUUUGACCCUAUCGUCAUCUCAGGCCUCACCAAGAAGGGCCUGGCUGAACGGACUGGUGCCAUCCAUAUAGGGGACCGUGUCCUGGCCAUCAACUGUGUGAGUCUGAAGGGGAAACCCCUGAGUGAGGCCAUCCAUCUACUCCAAAUGGCCGGAGAGACUGUCACCCUUAAGAUCAAGAAACGCCAAGACGAAUCGGAUGGGCAGCAGAUUUCGGAGCAGGCAGGAUUCCUGAGCGACACAGAGGAUGAGCUGACUGACUCCCAGAAGACCAGUAAACACUCAGGGGUGUACUCUGCCACCGGGCCCAGCGUGUACUCUGCCAUGAGCUCCUGGGACGGUUCCGGCAUCGACACUGGCUACGGCAGCCAAGGAACGUAUCUCCACAGAGCUGCAGAUUUGACCUUCCAGCCUAAUGAGUGGAGACGCACCAAACCGACCCGGACUCACCUCACCUCCACUGGCCUUACCGCCCUUACCCACCACUCCCACCUCUACGAUGGGAGAUACGAUGAGGAUGACUGGGAUACGGCUGCUGGAUACGCCAGCCCCCCUCGUUGCCAUGGCACCCUGAACCAGGAGAACACCUUCUGGUCCCAGGCCCUGCAGGACCUAGAGACCUGCGGCCAAUCAGAGAUACUUAGGGACCUGGAGGCGUCCAUGACAGGCAGCACUCUUAGCCUGUAUCUGGCGUCCCAGGAAGACUCAGUGCUACAGAGCACAAUCAGUCCUGUGAAGAGGGGUCCCAUCCAUGACGAGCCCAAAACCAAAGGCAACCUGCAGAGGUCCAACAGGACCACGGACACACCCCACAGAGGGAGAGGAGAGACCCAGGAGACAGCCCUGGAACUACUGAAGGUGCAUAGCAGGGUGACCCUGAGGAAGGACCCAGACCGUGGAGACUUUGGCUUCAGUGUGUCAGAUGGCUUCCUGGAGAAAGGCAUCUACGUCAGCAUGAUCCGACCAGAUGGUCCUGCCAACCAGGUCGGGUUGAAACCCUAUGACCGCAUUCUGCAGGUGAACAGAGCGAGGACCAGAGACUUUGACUGCUGCCUGGCUGUUUCUCUCAUCACUGAAGCAGGAGACAGCUUGGACCUGGUCAUCAGCAGAAACUCCCUGGCACAGGCAGAUAAUGGGCCACCUCAGGACUGCGAGGACCCUUCUGACUCCCUGUUCAGCUUCCUACAUUAUAGGACCAAUAGUAUCGCCCUGUGACAAAGGUCCAGGGGGGAGGUAAUGGA